UGACUAUACUAUACAAUGUUGGUGAAUGUAUGUUUGUUAACACCGUCAACUAUGUUUUACUGUUGCACAGGAAUCGGUCACAUGGUGGGUGCCGGGAUUUACGUGCUGAUCGGCACGGUGGCCAAGGAAAUGGCUGGUCCGGCGAUCAUCCUAUCGUUCAUGUUGGCUGGCGCAGCGUCUAUGUUGGCCGCGUUAUGCUACGCCGAAUUUGGAACCCGCAUACCAAAAGCGGGUUCAGCGUACGUCUACACGUACGUGAGCGUCGGCGAGUUUUGGGCGUUCGUUAUUGGAUGGAACAUCAUACUCGAACACAUGAUUGGUGCCGCCUCUGUAGCUAGAGCAUGGAGCGGUUUUUUCGAUUCGAUGUUUGACAACGUUAUCAGAAACACAACGAUAUCAGUUUUGGGCGAACUUCACGAAACUCUGUUUGGAAAGUAUCCGGACGUGUUUGCAUUUUUCGUGUGCUUGCUGCACGCGUGUAUCCUGGGUGUUGGCGUGAAAACUUCGUCGUACAUGAAUAGCUUCUUGACGCUGGUCAACCUUGGCGUAAUGGCUGUAAUCGUCGUGGCUGGAUAUUAUUACGGAAACAGCGACAAUUGGUCCAGUGACGGCGGGUUCAUGCCGUACGGCACCACUGGUAUUAUCGCCGGGGCAGCCACCUGUUUUUACGCGUACGUCGGCUUCGAUAGCAUCGCCACGUCGGGCGAGGAAGCCAAGGACCCGGCGUAUUCGAUUCCUGUGGCCACGAUAAUUGCGAUGAGCGUCGUUUGCACAGGCUACGUAUUGGUGAGUGGAGCAUUAACAUUCUUGGUCCCAUACUGGUCCAUUGUUCCCGAUGCAGCAUUCCCAGCGGCAUUUGCUGGAUUAGACUUGAACUGGAUUAAGUAUUUAGUAUCAGUCGGAGCAUUGUGUGGAAUGACUACUACUUUGUUUGGAUCUCUUUAUUCAUUACCUAGAUGUAUUUAUGCGAUGGCCGAUGAUGGAUUGGUUUUUAAAUUCCUAGCUAAAGUCAACAAAAAAACUCAGAUACCAAUAAUCAAUUUAGCUAUAUCUGCCUUUUUGUGUGCAUUGAUAGCAUUAUUUUUCGAUUUGGAAAAAUUAGUUGAGUUUAUGUCGAUCGGUACAUUGUUGGCUUAUACUAUUGUCAGUGCUUCAGUAAUAAUAUUAAGAUACCGUCCUACCAACCGUGGUCUAGUACGGGAUUCUAGUAGUCUCUUAGAACUUCCUACUUCACAGGCAGAUUCUUUUGAAAUGGACAUGGGAGGACGCUUAAAACCAUCCUAUAAGUUUCUAGAACCUUUUUUUGGAGAAUUUGAACCUGGUUACAUAGUUUGUGUAAGUAUUGGUUGGUUUACAAGUUCCACCGUCGUCUUGUGCGUUUAUAUCCAAUACUGGUUUAAUAUUCAACAUGUGAGUUGGAUCGAUGGAAUUGUAUUAACAGCGUUGGGCACCGAUUUAAUUUUAUGUCAAUUUCUGAUUGAAGCCCAUGAACAAAAUUCAACAGAGCUACCAUUUAUGGUACCCCAUGUACCUCUAAUACCAUCGCUUAGCAUUGUAUGUAAUAUCGUGUUGAUGACUAACCUUAAUUUGCUUACUUGGAUACGGUUUUUCAUAUGGAUGGUUAUAGGUCUUUUGAUUUACUUCUUAUACGGAAUGCACCAUAGCAAAGAAAAUGACGUGACAUCUUAUUCAGUAUUGCUUUCGUCGUCUGAAGCGGGAAAGACACCUUGGGGAGCUAUAAACAAGUCUAGAAAACGAGUGAAAACCGAAGAUGACCGGAAACCAAUUAUUGACAACGAAGAACUUGCAGACAAUGGUUACUACCACUGAACAAACAAUAGAUGAUCUGCUAAAAUCGUUAUUAGUGAGAUAUUUCAUCAUGUUGCUGAAAAAUACUCGUUGGAGGGUGCCAUUCAAAUAUAUAUAUUUAUAUGUAAUAAUAAUAAAUAGUAUUAAUAAUGGUCGAUUAAAACUGUGCGUGUUGUUCAUAGUAUCCUUGUAGGUCUUUAAACCAUUGCUAUGGAAUGUUUUGAAUAAUAUUGUAAUGUUUUUCAUUUCUGAGCUAACUUUAACUUCAAAAGUUCUUACAUGUUACAUUGUUAAAACGUAUUUUACCAAAUGGUUAAUCGACAAUCGCUGUCCAUGAAAAUUGUUCGAUAUAGUACAAUGUGUAUAGAAUUACUGAAUAAUAUGGACAUUUAAUUACUGAGCAAAUACUUAUGUAUUAAUCAAUUAUUAUAAAACGCUUUAUAAAAUAUUGUUAUAUUUCCUAUGUGGCUAUGUCGUAUAGUCGUUUAUAAAACGAUAAACCGAUAAACUGUGUCAUAAAGUGUGUUUGUAAAUUUAGAUCAUCGUGCAAAUGUAUACGGUUUCAGAGAAAUACACUUAGAUGAUAAUAUCACAUUUGUUAUUUACCAGAUAAUUAUGACUAUAUUAUGGAUUAUGAUAAACUGCAAUUACUAUAAUGCAUCCCAGUUUUGGAGUGGCACCCUUUAGUUGUACAAAUAAAUAAUAAGAUAACAAUUAUUGACCAUCCUAAUAUGUUACAACACAUUUUGCGAUGAUUAUUUAUUUUUAGGUUUUUAACUUAAUUUUACUUAAAAACAAUUUAGUGUAAAAUUGUUUUUUUUUUUAACGCACACUUAAUGCUUUGUUAUGAAUCUAUAAUAUAUAUAUAUAUUUAUAGUAUAUACAAUUUAUUGUGUAAGACGUCUAUUUAUCUUACCAUACAUGUUAUUUUGGUUGUUCCAGGAUAAUUUUAAUGUAGAUGAAUUUGUGUUUAUAAUAUAUUUUAAAUAUUAGUCUUCUUUUUAUAGGGAUUAUAAAGUUAAUAGUAUUACACUAUUACAGAAUACACACCGUUAUCGUUAUUAGUAAUAGUCUCAAAUAAAUAGUGACAUGUAAUAAAAAAUAUAUUUAGUAGCAUUAUAAAGAAAUACAAAAUAAUUGAAUGUUAUAAUAUAAUAUAUUAUGUUGUGUUUAGUUUCAAUUUAUAAUUUUUAACCAAGUAUAUAGUCAUUGACUAAUCUACUGUGUUUAAUGGAUGUUUUAAAUUAUAAUUCAAUGAUAAACCGAA